CUGGUUAUGUAACCGCCACGAAUGCCAUGCUUGCUCUCUCUCAUGCGAUUGGUCCGAGCUCUGAAGUUCCCAAUUCCCAUGGCGACCCAGCUCAUCUUCACUCCACUCUCCAGCUCCCCGUCGCGCUCGACAGAUUCUCCAUAGCGCCUCGGAGAUCUGCCGUCUCCGUCCGUCCUUCGCUGAGUAUCUCUCGCCGGAGUAGCUCCUCCGAGACUUCUACUUCGAGCCCGAGCAGAAGAGCCGCCGCGGCGCCCGUCGUCAAUGCCGUGAAGGAGGAGGUGAUCGAGUCUCCCGCCGCCGAUUCCGAAGCCCCGUCCUCGGCAUCUUCUAAGCUGGUCCUCGUCGCCGGAGGCUCCGGUGGCGUCGGACAGUUAGUUGUGGCAUCAUUGCUUGAAAGGAAUAUUAAAACACGCCUCUUGCUACGAGAUCUUGAUAAGGCUAACUCUCUGUUUGGCCAACAAGAUGAAGAGAGACUACAGGUAUGGCAAGGAGACACAAGGAACCCAGAGGAUCUGGAUCCAUCCAUGUUUGAGGGAGUCACCCAUGUCAUUUGCUGCACAGGAACUACAGCCUUUCCUUCAAAGCGAUGGGAGGGGGAUAAUUCUCCAGAAAGAGUAGAUUGGGAGGGUGUAAGAAAUCUUAUCUCUGCUCUGCCUUCAUCCAUCAAGAGAGUAGUUCUUGUUUCUUCAGUGGGAAUCACUAAGUCCAACGAACUGCCUUGGAGCAUCAUGAACCUUUUUGGAGUCCUGAAGUAUAAGAAGAUGGGGGAAGACUUUCUUCGUCAAUCUGGUCUUCCAUUUACUAUACUGAGACCUGGUAGAUUGACUGAUGGCCCUUACACGUCAUAUGACUUAAAUACUUUGCUCAAAGCUACAGCUGGCCAACGGCGUGCAGUUGUUGUUGGUCAAGGGGAUAAACUCGUUGGAGAGGUUAGUAGGCUUGUCGUUGCCGAGGCUUGCAUACAGUUACUGGACAUAGAAUUUGCCAAGGGUGAAACAUACGAAAUCAACUCAGUUGAGGGAGAAGGUCCAGGAAGUGAUCCUCAGAAAUGGAGACAACUGUUCAAGUCUGCCAAAGUAUAGUGAGUCAAAUGUGACAAUCAAUUUUACCGUAUUCAGUUGUAUCCUAAUGUGUACAAGAAUCCCAAAUCACAACACGAAUGCUGCCCUCACCGGUCAUGAACUGUACAUAUUACAUAGUCAUAGAAUGUGAAAAGCCAAUGUGUGAUCUUCGUUCUUGUCUCACUUCCUAAAGAAUGCACUGAUUAUUGUAUAGGAUUACCAGCACCGAUAGUAAAGAAGAAAGCAAAGAGUUCCAUGAUUAGGAUGAGAGGGAAAUGCCUCGUUUGUGGUUAGAAUCCUCUUCCAACUCCUUAUCUGCACAAGGCAGCAUCUGGGUGUAUAUCAUCAGUUGCUUGGAGUCUCAAACUGACUGAGUUACGAUUUAUAGUCAUCUUUUAGUG